AUGGCGGCGAAGAAGGACAUGACGCGCGCCGAUUUGAUCGUCCCCUACGUGGAGCCGGCCAAAGACAGGUCGGAUGGCGACAUGACGAGCACCAUGGCGUCCACGCUUCCAAUGGCGGCCAUUUUCACCCGCAACAAGAUGAUUGGCUGGGUGGCCGUCGUGUUCUCUCUGCAGUCGUGGCUGGCCGAAACUCCUGAGCAGGCCCAGACGGCGACGACGCCAGGCUACUUUUCCGUCGGCAUGGCCUUCAUGUCUCUCAUGGUUGUGAACCCGUUCGCCGAGGCCGACGAAGACACUGGCGACACCAAGCAGUCUCAGAACUACAUCCAUAUUCGGAUCCAGCAGCGCAAUGGCCGCAAGACCCUGACCACAGUCCAAGGCUUGCCCAAGAAGUUCGACCAGAAGAAGAUUCUCAAGGUCAUCAAGAAGAAGUUCGCCUGCAAUGGCACCAUCGUGGUCGACACCGAGAUGGGCGAGGUGAUCCAGCUGCAGGGCGACCAGCGCAAGGAUGUGCAGGAUUUCCUGACCGAUAAGAAGGAAGGGUUGGGCUUGGAUGCCAAGGACAUCAAGGUCCAUGGUUUCUAGGCCCCCAGACGUCUCGCCCCCCGCCCCGCCCCGCCCCGCCCGCUACCCAUAUUGCGGACCGUCGACUCUCCGAGGACCUUCUUUCUGCGAAUACUCCAUAGAUCUGACGAGAUGAACGCUGGGUCAAGCGGCAUGGCUACAAUGGGGGGGGCGUCGGAUGAUACCCUUCUCUCUUUAGAAGUCUACAACGGCUACAUGUGUUUUUGGUUUUUGCUUUUAUUCUAGUCGAACUCGACGAUGCGAGGGGGAUCAGAGCGAUGUCUUCUCCCGCUAUAUCAAGACGGCGUCGGACGGAGUGUCUCCUUGUCUUCUCAAGUCGGUCAUUUUUGCUCUCGAAGGAUAUGCCUAGUUUAGGAAGAAUGGAUCUUCAUACCAGUGCUAAGCUCAAUACUCAGUUUAUGAACUAGUUCCAAGCGAGUUACUAACGUCCACGAAUGUAUGCAUCUUCUUCACAAGUACAAUAGGUGCAUCCCGAAGCGUGUUGUGCAAC